UGUAUUCUAUGUGCGGUUUUUUCUGUCAUUGGCUGUCAAUUUUGUUAUCAAAAUUGAAAUGGUGCGUUUAUUGAAGAAAACUUGGCAAAUUCUGCAUACUCCGAUUUCUGUUGUCUAUAGCGCCCUGUAUGGUAGCCGAUUUGUCAUUACUGAGGUUUCACUUGCCUUAUUAGUUCUAAUAUUUUACUGCGAGUACUUACAUUAUAAAAUGGUGAUACAACAGUGUUUUUGGCCUGCACUUUCUCCAGACAAGGAAGAUUUCUCCAUUCCAACAACUAACGAAAACCGCCUGAAAGUUAUGGUACUGGCCGAUAUUCAUUUAAAAUGUACUAGAGCAAGCUGGCAGGGAACGUUCAACGAGGAGGAUCAGAUGCGUCGCUGUUUCCAAAAUGCCGUUCAACAUCUAAAACCGGAUCUUGUUUUCGUUUUAGGUGAUAUCUUGGAUGAGGGAAUGCAACAUUGUAACUUGAAAGAAUUCAAUGAUACCGUUCAAAGGUUCCACGAUAUAUUUUCGGUUCCAAACGAGACUGAAAUGUACGUUGUGGCGGGAAACGUAGAAGUCGGAUACCAUCACCAGAUCGACGUUGAUAAGAAUGAGGAAUUCAUGGACGCUUUCAAAUCGCCUCUAGUUCAAUUCUUAACAAUUAGAAAAAACAAUUUCGUGUUACUCAACAGUAUGGCCCUAGGAAGCGACAAUUGUUCUCUAUGUGCUGCUGUGGAAAAAAAUCUUUCCGAAAUUGAAAAAAAGCUGAAUUGCUCUCAAGAAGCAAAUAGAGGUACAUGUGAAGCGUUCUUGACACUGCCAGUUUACAGUAGGCCGAUCUUGAUUCAGCAUUUACCUCUUUAUCGGACUUCUGACGCGAAUUGCAACGAUUACGAUUCAGCUCCCUUUCCUCGUAAACUACGAAACAUGGCGGAAUAUUGGCAAUGUCUGAGCAGAAAUCUGACCGCCAGUCUCAUGAUGAGGUUGAAUCCCAGGAUAGUGUUCUCUGGUCAUACCCACCACGGUUGUACCAGGAGUCUGCCGAUGAAGACCGGAGUGGAGGUCACGAUGUCUAGCUUCAAUUGGAGGAAGAAGGACAAUCCCGCGUUGGGAUUGGUAAGCGGUGAAUUUUCAUUUUCAGGCAGUGGUCACGACAACAAAUUACGAGAUCGUUAAAUGCCAACUGCCCAGGUACUCGACAAUAAGUAAUAUUUAUCUGGUUGGUAUGAUCAUCAUCAUAUUAUGGAUAAUUUUUUCGUAUAAAACAAGAAGGAUGUGCAUCAUGAAAUGAGGACAAAAACAAACAUUUUCAAAACUUUAAUUUUAUAAUUUCAUUCAACACGUUCGUCAGAAUAAAAAUCUGUUAACAAACUA